CAUGCGCGCCGCGGCCGGCCGUGCGCCCUAAGGAGUGGCACUUUUUAAAAGUGCAGCCCGGAGGCCAGCCUGCAGCCGCCAGCACCUCCUGUCCGAAUCUCGGUCCCGCCCGUCCCGGCCGCGCGCGCCCCCGUCCCGCACCAGUCCGGCCCCGGCCAGUCCAGCCCGCACCAUGCCGGUCAAAGGAGGCACCAAGUGCAUCAAAUACCUACUCUUCGGGUUUAACUUCGUCUUCUGGCUUGCUGGGAUCGCGGUCCUUGCCAUUGGACUAUGGCUCCGAUUCGACUCUCAGACAAAGAGCAUCUUCGAGCAAGAAAAUAAUAAUUCCAGCUUCUACACAGGAGUUUAUAUUCUGAUUGGAGCCGGUGCCCUCAUAAUGGUGGUGGGUUUCCUGGGCUGCUGUGGGGCCGUGCAAGAGUCCCAGUGCAUGCUGGGAUUGUUCUUUUGCUUCCUCCUGGUGAUAUUUGCCAUCGAAAUCGCUGCAGCCAUCUGGGGAUAUUCCCACAAAGAUGAGGUGAUUAAGGAUAUCCAGGAGUUUUACAAGGACACCUACAACAAGUUGAAGUCCAAGGAUGACCCCCAGCGGGAGACGCUGAAAGCCAUCCACUAUGCGUUGGGCUGCUGUGGUGUGGCUGGGGGAGUGGAACAAUUGAUCUCGGACAUCUGCCCCUCGAAGGAUUUCGUCUCAACCAUCACAAUGAAGUCUUGCCCUGAGGCCAUCAAAGAGGUCUUUGACAACAAAUUCCACAUCAUUGGCGCAGUGGGCAUCGGGAUUGCCGUGGUGAUGAUCUUUGGCAUGAUCUUCAGUAUGAUCCUGUGCUGUGCCAUCCGCAGGAGCCGAGAGAUGGUCUAGAGUCGGCCUGCACCCUGAGCAGGAAGGUUUACCCCUGAAGAUCGUCGGUUGCUUUCUUGGGGUUUUGUUUUUGUUUUUUGUUUUUGUUUUUUUGCCACUAACUUUAGUAUUCAUUCUGCAUUUCUAAACACAAAAAAGUUAUUCUGUUUGUCUUUUUAAUGCUUUAUUCAAUAUUGAUAUUUGUAGUUGAGGGAGUUGGGAAUUUUGUUUGCUUUGAUUAUUUUUAUUUUUUGGUUGUUUGUUUUUGCUUAUUAUGUUAAGCAGAAAUCCUGCAAUGAAAGGUACUAUAUUUGCUAGACUCUAGACAAAAGAUAUUGUACAUAAAGAGAAUUUUUUUGUCUUUAAAUAGAUAAAAAAUGUCUAUCAAAUUUAAUCAGGUUGUAACUUAUGUUGAAGACAAUUUGAUACAUAAUAAAAGAUUAUGACAA